UCGGUCGGGGGUGUGGCCGCCGCCGUGGCCCGCGGCAUGGAGGAGCGGCUGCCGACCCGCCGCUGAGCCGCGCCGCCAUGGCCAAGAGCCGCGGGGGCGGCGGGCCUGCCUCGCCCGGCGGCCGCCACCACAGCCUGGCCGGGACCCGCGAGAGCCUGUCUGAGGCGGGCGGCGACGAGCUCAGCUCCCUCGGGUCCGACUCCGAGGUGAACGGUGGUGGCGGCCCGGAGGAACGGCGCGUCGAUAAGUUCGGCUUCAUCGUAGGCAGCCGCAGCGCCGAGGGGCCGCUGGAGGAGGUGCCCUUGGAGGUGCUACGGCAGCGGGAGUCCAAGUGGCUGGAUAUGCUCAACAACUGGGACAAGUGGAUGGCCAAAAAACACAAGAAGAUCCGUCUGCGGUGCCAGAAGGGGAUCCCACCCUCCCUGCGGGGCCGAGCCUGGCAGUACCUCUCCGGGAGCAAAGUCAAGCUUGAGCAGAACAUCGGCAAGUUUGAUGAACUGGAUCUCCUUGCGGGGGACCCAAAGUGGCUGGAUGUGAUCGAGCGGGAUCUCCAUCGGCAGUUCCCCUUCCACGAGAUGUUCGUCUCACGUGGAGGCCAUGGGCAGCAGGACCUGUUUCGGGUGCUGAAGGCAUACACGCUGUACCGCCCGGAGGAGGGCUACUGCCAGGCCCAGGCCCCCAUCGCCGCCGUCCUGCUCAUGCACAUGCCAGCCGAGCAAGCAUUCUGGUGCCUGGUGCAGAUCUGCGAGAAGUACCUCCCCGGCUACUACAGCGAGAAGCUGGAGGCCAUUCAGCUGGAUGGGCAGAUACUCUUCUCACUGCUGCACAAGGUCUCUCCCGUGGCCUACAAGCACCUGAGCAAGCAGAAGAUCGACCCCAUCCUCUACAUGACAGAGUGGUUCAUGUGCGCCUUCUCCCGCACACUGCCCUGGAGUUCCGUCCUGCGUGUCUGGGACAUGUUCUUCUGUGAAGGGGUGAAAAUCAUCUUCCGGGUGGGCCUCGUGCUGCUCAAACACACCCUGGGCUCCUCGGACAAGCUGAAGUCCUGCCAGGGCCAGUACGAGACCAUGGAGAGGCUGAGGGCCAUCAGCCCCAAGAUCAUGCAGGAGACCUUCCUGGUGCAGGAGGUCAUUGAGCUGCCAGUGACAGAGCGUCAGAUCGAGCGGGAGCACCUGAUCCAGCUGAAGAAGUGGCGGGAGACGCACGGGGAGCUGCAGUGCAAGUCCCCUCCACGCCUGCACGGCGCCAAGGCCAUCAGCGAGGCUGAGCCCCCCACCCGCAAGGCGCUGGAGCCUGUCCCCUCCAUCAUCGUUCCCCCUGGGCCUGCCCCUGUGCCCAAGGCCCGCAAGAGCAAGGAAAGGAGCAGAGAAAAGGGCCUGGCCAGCCCCGCCAACGGUCCUGGGGCUGAGGGCAACGGGGCGCCUGGCUCAGCCCGGGAGCUGCUGCACCCCCAGGUCUCCCCCCACCACCAGUCCAAGGAGAGCCUGAGCUCCCGGGAGAGCGAGGACACGUACUUGUAGGGCUGGCACGGUGCUGGGUCCGCACCCCGGGCAGCCGGGCUCAGCUGGGCUGCGCACGGACCUGGGCUCAAGGACACUGAUGGGGGGGGGGGUGUUGGGGACCCGUGGCCCCCAGUGCUGGGGGCUCUGGGCUGGAGGGAUGGGGCUGGGCUGGCCAGUGGGGCUCCUUAGGGCCGCCCGCUUGGGGUGGGCUCAAAGCUGGGGGCAUCCACAGGAGUUUGGCCAUGUUUGGUGACCAAAAGGGACACAUCUGGUCUGCGCUGGGUGCCCACCCUGGCAGAGUGCUGGCACCAUGAGUGGUGGGAGCCCUAGCAGGGGGUGGCUGAGCCACUCGUGCUCCUUCCCUAUGGCUCGGGGGGGCCAAACUGCCUUUGGGCCCUUCUUCCUGUUCCAGAGCCCCUCGACCUGCCACCCCCAGGGUCCCUCUCAUGGCCCCCACCCUUUUGCCUGCUGUUGCAUUGGCCAGGCAGACCCAGACCCCAGGUGUUCAUGCUGGUGCACAGGGACUGGGGGUACGCAAGGAGCUGGGGGGGACCCCUCACCCCCCCCACCCC